AUGUCAGCUCUCCAGUCGAUGAUUUCCCGCAAGCGGCGGUGUGUGGAAGCCCUUGCGGCGCUAAUGCCGUCGCUCACUCCAAGUGCUACACGCGAGGCUGUCGAAGCGAAACCAUCACGCCCGCACUUGGAAAGCGUCCUGGGUGACAUUCUCAGUAUGGGCAGCGGCCGCUCUGACACCGGGGAUCACCGCCACCACGCCGAGAAGCGUUCCCGCAUGAGCAUCGAGAGUUUCCGGCGCCAGUUCAGCUCGCACUUCCAACGCUCGGGCAGCAUGCAGAAAACCUUGACCUUGCCCGCGAUGCCCGCGACCAGAAUCGAAGAAGAGGAGUACUAUUUUGAGAUGCCGGCUAUUCGUUUCGUCGAUCGGCUUAAGUCGCCGGAAAGGAUUGAAGUCGAGCUCACGGUGCCCCGGGAAGUCCAUCUCGCCCAGGCUCAGAAGGUCCUGGACGCUGUCUUCUAUGGCGGCUAUCGACUCAGACGCCCCGAUCACACUUCCAACAUCCGCAGUUACGGUAUUCGCCCCAAGACGGUCAAGGACGAUGCGGUUGUGGAGAUGAAAAAGAUCAUGGCGACUAUCCCUCGCAACGUGGGCCGCAUGGAAGGUCAGGGUGUGCUUGACGGCAUCUUCGGUGGCGGAUAUGUGCUGAGGGAUCUCAGUCAGGAGUUGAACGACGGCUACUCGUUUGCAGCGGCUUUGAACAACCACGAGAGCAACGGUAUAGUAUGA